AAGGGGUUCCCGGAUUCCGCAGAAUGUCAACUAUGCGGAGAAUCGGGAUUCUUGCAAAAACAGCAGUUCUAUUUCCAUUCUAUUGUAUCAUGUACUAUCUAUUGCCGGGAUCGAAAACAGGACAGCUUAUGCGAAGACCUUUCAUGAAAUUCUUGGUUCACGCAUCAUCCUACUUAUUCUUCUUGUUUGUGCUCAUGCUGGUGUCGCAGCGUGCGGAAGUGGAGAUCGUUAGGCUUCUAGGUACUCAGGAAAUGAAGAGAAAUCUCGAGACUUACUUGGCACGGCAAAGAGGCGCGGUCCCCACUCCGCUGGAAGGUAUCGUCGUGCUGUACGUCUUUGGAUUCGUAUGGGAAGAGAUGAGAGAGGCUUACGUGGACGGUCUGAGGAGUUACUUGCGGGACAUGUGGAACUUUAUCGACUUUACCAGAAACACGCUCUACUUGGCGACCGGUGUUCUCAGACUGGCGGCUUAUCUGCAGCAGCGCGCCGAGAUACGGACGGAUCCGUCGGCCGCGCUAAUACCAAGAGAGAAUUGGGGCGACUUCGAUCCGCAGCUGAUCGCGGAGGGUCUCUUCGCGGCUGCGAAUGUCUUCAGCGCUUUAAAACUCGUCCAUCUUUUCAGUAUCAAUCCGCAUCUUGGGCCGCUUCAG